AUGGGGGGUGACCCGUCCUGGAGAAACCAGAACUUGUACUGUACCUAUCAUAGGGAUAAGGGGUAUACCACUGAGCAGUGCCUGGUGUUAAAGGAUCAUCUAGGGCAAUUGGUGAAGGCUGGAUAUCUAAAGGAGUUUGUGGUGGAUUCAGGGAACAGGGGUGCCGGGCAAGGUUCUCAACAAAGAGGGAACCCUCUCCAACCCCCAUUGGGAGUGAUCGAAGUCAUCCAUGCUGCCCCGAGGGGUACUGCGAUGGCCGGGAGGAGAAGAGUGUUGACCAUAGCACCCAUGGAAAAUUGCUCGGGCGAGCAACCCCCCGAGAAAAAGAUGAAGGUUGCUCAGGAGCCCAUCGCUUUUAACGACGAUGAUUUGGAAGGAAUAAUUCUGCCGCAUGAUGAUGCGUUGGUCGUGACGGCUCGGAUAAACGGUUUCAUAGUAAAUAGGGUAAUGGUAGACCAGAAGAGUGGGGUUGAUGUGAUGUAUUUGGAUCUAUUCAAGGGGCUCGGAUUGAAGAAAGAAGACCUCUCAAAAUACGAUACGCCCCUGGUCGGGUUUGAUGGCCAAGUGGUGAUUCUUGAAGGGCAAAUAUCCCUUCCCGUGAACAUGGAAGGAAAGGAAGUAACAAUGGCUUUUAUAAUGGUCACUUCGUUUUCUCCUUAUACGGCUAUUCUAGGAAAGCCGUGGAUUCAUGCAAUGGGAGCAGUCCCCUUCACCCUGCAUAUGAAGGUUAAGUUCCGCACCGAGUAA